AACACACGCGCGUUGUCAUUCUUGGCGAAUUUGUGUUGAUCAGCGCGCGUUCCAGUCGACAGACGUUAAGUCAUGUUAUGCGGUACCACGAGGACCUGAAGCUGAACGUGUUUCUCCCACGCGUUAAACAUGAGUCACAGCGUCGUCCGCGACGUCCAUCGCUCAACAGUCGCCGGCAAUAACACGGGUGUGUCCAUUGAAUUGGUCGCGCUUCGAUACGAUGCGAUCAAGUGUGCCAGUCGCCGCCUCGUCGUAGGAUAAGUGUGUCGGCGCUCGUCGCGGGUAUCAGGCCACGUACGUAGAACGUACGUAUAAUAAUACCUACGCACGCCGGUAUGCUCGGCCGACCAGCCACCACGAUGACUACGGCGACGACGGCGGCUGGCAUCCCGUAUGACAAGAACGUUGCCUGCAACGGCAAGGACGACAUACGGGUGCUAACGCAGCCUACCAUCAGAAGCGGACUCAGGGUGUACAAAAUCGUGGUGCUGGGCGACGGCGGUGUUGGCAAAUCAGCUGUCACUUUGCAGUUUGUCAGUCACAGGUUUUUAGACUAUCAUGACCCUACAAUAGAGGAUUCAUAUCAGACACAAGUAGUUAUCGAUGGCGAGGCAGCUCUCCUGGAUAUUUUAGACACAGCUGGACAGGUGGAAUUCACAGCAAUGCGGGAGCAAUAUAUGAGAUGCGGCGAAGGUUUUAUGAUAUGUUACUCGGUAACAGAUAGACAUAGUUUCCAAGAGACAAUGGAGUACAGAAAACUAAUAUCACGUGUUCGCGCUAAUGAGAACAUUCCUCUGGUGGUAGUUGGCAAUAAGUUUGAUCUACAACAUCAUCGAAAGGUGACCACGGAGGAAGGCAAGGCAUUGGCGGAAGAACUCGGUUGUCCGUUUUACGAGACAUCCGCCGCUCUCAGACAAUUCAUAGACGAUGCAUUUUUCUCACUGAUCAGGCAAAUUCGCACUAAAGAGAGAUCCCGCAGACGCAGCCGAUGGUGGCGAAUUCGCUCGAUCUUCGCCUUUAUUUUCCGACGAAAGAGAUAUACUUCUCACCGUACUGCGUAAAACUGAUUUUUGAUGAUAAGUUCUUCACUAGAGAGAUUGUUGUCGAAAACCGACAAACGAUAGCAUUGACGGAAGUAAUAUCAUAGCAAGCCACAACGAAAUAGAUAUUGCCCAUAACUUUAAUUUACGCGAUACAUAGUUACCCUUAUUUAGAGACUGACAAUUCAUUAACAUUUCACUGCCUUAUCAU